AUGCCUGUCCACCCAAGCGAAGAAAACACCGACUCUCACGUCUUUGACCAGGUCGCCAAAGAGUCCAGCGAUUCCACCGCAUCUGAUCACCCCAUCCACCAGGACCAGCAAAAGGCACAAGCUCAUCAUCAUCAGGGCAAAGGCCCUCAGAUCUCCGACAGCAUUCCUGCUGAGACAAAGAGCAAGGAGGAAUUGAAGGCUCAGGCACAAAAGAUGAACAAAGAAUGA